AAAAAUUUUACCGAAAAAUCACCACACCAAAAAAAGGACUAUGAAGAAGCAGUACCGACGCCUCCAGACGGUGGAUACGGGUGGGUUAUCGUAUUUGCCUCGUUCAUCUGUAACAUGAUGGUAGACGGAAUAACUUACUGUGCUGGAAUAUUUCUCCCAGCGUUAAUAGCAUACUACCAUGAAUCGCAAGCAAAAGUGGCUUGGGUAGGAUCGAUCCUUGCUGGAGUAACCAUGUGCCUAGGACCUUUGGUUAGUGCCGUAGCGAAUAAAUACGGUUGUCGGGUAUCGUGUAUGUCGGGCGCGGUUAUUUCGGGAGCAUGUUUUGCUCUAUCCGUUUUUAGUCCCAACGUGGAAAUGCUGAUGCUGAUUUACGGUGUUGGGGGUGGAAUCGGUUUCGGGUUAAUGUACGUACCCGCCGUAGUAUGUGUUGGGUAUUAUUUCGAAUCGAGGAGAUCGCUGGCUACCGGAAUAGCAGUGUGCGGAUCAGGCGUCGGAACGAUUCUGUUUGCCCCCGUAGGAAAGUGGUUGUUAGAACAAUACGGAUGGAAGGGAGCGAACUUGGCUCUUGCAGCUCUUUGCUUUUCUUGUACUUUGAUGGGAUUUCUGAUGAAGCCAAUUGAAUAUAAAAAGGAAGAGAAAAUAGUGACCAUGAUUUACCAAAAUGGAAAAGCUCCAAUAAAUUGCGAUCUAGCGAAAAGUUACACAAGUCUUGCAGAUGUAUCAGCGUCCAGACAUUCCUUAACGAGUAACAAAAGCAAAAGAAGUCAAGUUUUACCUCCAUUGUCAAGACAAGAUGUUCUCUAUACAGGAUCGAUCGCAAAUCUUAAAGAGUUCCAGUCACAGAAAUCAUUGCACGAUUUCAGACAGAGCAUGGUUAGCAUACCAAAGGACAAAACACGUUAUGGUGGAAAGCCCCUCACAGGAAUCAGUAAAGUUUUAAAUGCUUUUCUAGAUUUAGAACUUAUGAAGGAUCCUGUUUUCUUGACCAUAGCAUUUUCAAAUAUUAUUGGAUUUAUGGGUUUAUAUGUUCCAUUCGUUUAUAUUGUGGAAGCUGCUACAUUAGAUGGAAUCCAUUCGUCAAGAUCUUCUCUAUUGAUUUCGUUCAUAGGAAUAACAAAUACCGUUGGUCGUAUUAUUUGCGGAUUGAUCGCUGAUUUUCCAUCAGUGAAUACGUUGCUGGUCAACAAUAUAUGCUUACUGAUUAUGGCCUUAACAGUGGGUGCUGUUGCCUUCUGUCAUGACUAUAUUUCCUAUAGUAUCGUGGCUUGUGUCUAUGGAACUUCAAUGGCUGGAUUCAUAUCACUGACGUCUAUACUAUUAGUUGAAUUUUUAGGGUUAGAAAAGCUAACAAGUGCUUUUGGAAAUUUGAUUCUAUUCAGAGGUACUGGUGCCCUCUUAGGACCGCCUUUAGCUGGAAUUAUAAUCAGUGCUACAGGAUCGUACAAGAUUUGUUUUCUAGUAGCUAGUGGUUUCUUCGUAAUUUCAACAGCUCUAUCAUUUUCGGUUCCUUAUGUACAGAAAUAUAAACUUAAGACGCUAAAAAUGGUUGAAAUUGACGAUACAUUGACUCCUGUAAAUCUAGAAAAAAAUAACCAGACUGCUUAA